AUGGCUGGCAGCCCAGAGAAGAGUUCCACAGCACAGGAGCUGAAGGAGCAGGGCAACCGACUGUUCCUCUGCCGCAAGUACCAGGAAGCUGCCACCUGCUACAGCAAAGCCAUAAACCGGAACCCCUCAGUGGCGGUGUACUACACCAACCGUGCUCUGUGCCAAGUGAAGCUGCAGCAGAACGACAAUGCCCUGGCGGACUGCAAGCACGCGCUGGAACCUGACCCCCAUUCUGUCAAAGCCCACUUCUUCCUGGGCCAGUGUCACCUGGAGCUGGAGAACUAUAACGAGGCCAUCGGCAACCUGCAGAGAGCUUACAACCUGGCCAAGGAGCAGAGACUGAACUUUGGAGACGACAUCCCGAGUGCCCUGCGAUUCGCUAAGAAGAAGCGCUGGAAUAGCAUUGAGGAAAAGCGCAUCAACCAGGAGAACAAGCUGCAUGCAUACCUCACCAAACUUAUCCUAACAGAGAAGGAGAGGGAAGUGGAGGAUUGCCGGGAAAACAAAGAGGACAAUCAGAGUGGAGGUGAUGUCGUUAAGAUCAAAUCAAAACAUAACAAGUUCCUUAUGGACAUGGAUGAGCUCUUUUCACAAGUGGACGAUAAGAGAAAAUACACUGACGACAUGAUGGCGGUCGGCCUGCUCAAAGGUGAGGAUGAGUCAGUCUACAGGGAGAAGGUUAGUGACCUGUCAGUGUGGUGCUGGAGCAACAACCUUUUCCUCAAUGUCAGCAAGACCGAGUAG